CACCGAAAGAAGCAUCAUACAGUCACCGACUGAGUCGAAGAACAUUUAACUCUUUACUUUAAAGUAAUACUAAAAAAAAAGUUAUCAGCCAUGCUGAAGUUUGUAGUGUUGAUUGCAUUCGUUGCUUGUGUGUCUGCUGCACCUCAACCUGGUCAUCUUGUUGCUGCAGCGCCUGUAGUUGCUGUACACUCUGUUCCAGUGAGCUACUCAAGUUCCAACAGCUACCGUGCACCAGUAACCAAGGCAGUCGUUCCAGUCGUUCCUGCUGCACCAUUAGUAAAGGCAGUUCCAGUUCUGCACGCAGCUCCAGUUAUUAAGGCUGCACCAAUUAUCGCACAUCCAGUUCAUAUUACUCAUGCAGCUGUUCCUGUCGCCCACACAGCUAUCAGUAUCAUUCGAUCUUCAUUCACGAAGUACGAACAAGUCUAUAAGCCAAUCAACAUGUACAAGUUCGCUGUACUUUUCGCCCUGGUCGCUUGUGUAGCCGCUGCACCAGAACCUAAACCUGGAUUUGCGGCUCCUCUUGUGGCAGCUACACCUGUUGUUGCCGCUGCGCCUGUUGUUGCUGCUGCACCGGUUGCCACCAGCUACGCCAAUACAUACAAAGUAUCAUACAAGAGUCCAAUCAUCCCUGCACCAGCAGCUAUCGCCUACACUGCACCAAUUGCACACAUUCAUCAAUCACCAGCUGUCGCAUACGCCGCUCCCGUUGCACAUGUUGCAGCACCAGCUUACGCAGCGCAUCCAGCCCAUCUCACCUACCCACAACCAGCAAUUGUCGCCGUUCACUAAAAACAUCGAUUGGAAGUAAAAUUUUUGAAACGCUAAAAAUUUUUUAUCAACAUAACAAUCAUUGUAAUUCUGAAUUGAUUUUUAAAAAAUUUUUAUUUUUAAAAGAAUAUGAAAAAUUAUGACUUAAUGAUAAUACUACAGUUUCAAUAAAAAUAUUUCACCUUUAUCGAUAUAAA